AUGGCGCCUCCAUCAACGACAGUAACGACUGCCACGUCGAGAAAGAAGGAGGGAGGCAAGGAAGCGAACGGACAUAUCCAAUUGAAGGGCGCUGCUGCACCUCAACAAGAGGCGAACGAGUCUGGCCAUCACGACUUUUUCUGGACAUAUACUGAAGAACCCCAUCGAACGAGACGGCUGGCUAUAAUCAAAGCUCAUCCUGAGGUAACAAAGCUCUGCGGACCCGAACCCUUGACGAAAUAUGUCGUCGCCUUCGUUGUCUCUAUACAGAUACUGUGUGCCUACACCCUCCGGGACACAUCAUUCUGGUCAUGGAAGUUCUGGGCGCUCGCAUAUGUCGUUGGAGCAACAGCCAACCAGAACCUGUUCCUGGCCAUCCACGAGAUCUCGCAUAAUCUUGCUUUCCGAUCCCCGACGGCGAAUCGACUGUUCGCCAUCUUUGCCAACCUGCCCAUUGGGCUCCCAUAUAGUGCUUCAUUCAGGCCAUACCACCUCACACACCACAAGUCCCUCGGUGUAGAUGGCCUUGAUACCGAUCUGCCCACAGCCCUCGAGGCUUUCAUGUUCGACAGCAUCCUGGGCAAGGCCUUCUUCUGCACUUUCCAGAUCUUCUUCUACGCGAUCCGGCCGAUGACCGUGUUCGCCGUGCCCUUCACGUGGGUAUCGGCGCUGAACGUGGCCGUGCAGUUCGCCUUCGACUACGCGCUCGUCACGACGCUGUCCGCGAACGCCCUGCUAUACAUGCUCCUGUCCUCCUUCCUCGCCGGCUCCCUGCACCCGCUCGCAGGGCACUUCAUCGCCGAGCACUACGUGUACGAGACGGUGGCCCCCGCCGCCCGAGACCCCAGCAACAACAUCCCCGUCCCCGAGACCUUCAGCUACUACGGCCCGCUCAACUUCCUGACGUACAACGUCGGCCUGCACAACGAGCACCACGACUUCCCCGCCGUGCCGUGGACGCGCCUGCCCGUGCUGCACAAGAUCGCGCGCGAGUUCUACGCCGACCUGCCGCACCACCGCAGCUGGACAAUGGUGCUCUGGCAGUUCAUCUUUGACGAGAACGUCGGCAUCACCUGCCGUGUGAAGAGGAAGGACGGCGGCCGCAAGGUCGGUGCUGGUGGCGGUCCUGUCGCAAAGACGGCGGCUUGGACCAAGGACGAGAUCGAGGCUUGA